CUAAUGAAACCUAACACACCUAGAACACUGUGUGUGUGUGUGUGUUGGGGACAGAGCUGCAUCUUGGCAGAGGAUGUUGUUAGCUGUAUACAGCCAUAAAAGACAAUUACCGCUAUAACCUUUUAUGGGGUGCAAAGCGCUGCGAGGCGAGAGGACACAAAACAAAAAAAGACACCGUGGGCUUCGACUGCAGAAGCCCAAAAUAAUACAGCCGAUGUGUUUCUCCUCAGCUCAGAUAUGACAAGGCCGCUUAGGCUAAUCUGUCAUGAGCCAUCACAGACAGCGCGAAACAAUUUACAAGAAGAGGAAAAAACCCCGCAUUUUUUAAAUGUAUUUUUGGAAAUUUAGGAAUUUGUUUAAACACACACACGCACACACACAUUUUGAGUUCAAACUUUCCAACUGGCUUUGGAGUAAUAGUGUAGUUCUAGUUUAAAAUAUGGCCCCUUCAUUUUAGUGUUAAGACUGGUUCAAGUCUCUGCAUGCUGGAGAAAAUAUUUGGCACAAAAAAGAGACCAGCAAAUCCGAUCUGAGCUAUAGUUGCACAGUGUCCUGAUCGAUCAAAGACAGGAGGAGCAGGUAAUUCAGCUUUCAUUAAGGGUCUGUACAGAAACUAUCGAUUAUGCUGCUUGGAGGCUAAGUCGGACUUUAGUCCACAACCGGAGUGCUGUUGUGACGCGUUGGGGGGGAAGCAGAUGGACCCAAACUUCAAAGACUCGGCCAGAGACAGUGCAAUAAAACGCCUGGUCUGCUAUACUGUCUGGCAUUCCAGUUUUAAUGGCUUUAUGGCCGUCCAGACACAAUUAGGCCGCUUCCAGAAUGGCACCCAUUUGUUUUUUCUUCUCUUUCUGUGAGACUGCGGUCUGGACAAAAGGCCCGAGCGGAAAUGAUCAGUUUUAUUGGAUUCUCCUCGACGGGGACGCGCAGGACUCACGGUCAUUUGGAGGGAUCCUUUGUUUCUACCUGGGAACCUUCCGCCCCUUGCUCCUUUGCCGGGCCUUCCUAAAGGAAAAGGCAGCAAUAAAGUGAACAGCUAGUUUCAGACACAGCAGUGAGACUUGUGUCUGUAAACACGAAUAUGUUGCAACACUGGAGCUUUUCUCCAAAUCAUACCCAACAUAAACGAAACGUCACCUCAGUGACAUCCUCCUUUCCUUAAUCUGCUGCAUUCUAUCGGAUUCGGCAUUAAAAUAACAACGUCUGCGCAGUGCUGCCUCCCCAACGCUGCAAUCCCCACGAAUCACCAGAGGGUGGCGACACUGUUCCACAUCACCCCUUUGCUUUUUGUAACACCCCCUCCCUAAUGAGCCUGCACUGGGAACAAACUAGCAACAUUUUAAGAGUCCAGAGAAAUAAUUUCACACCUUUUUACAGUCUCAGUGCAGAAGCUGCUUCAUGAACCUGCAGCUCUGCGGGGAGGAAUGAAACAGUCUGCACACACUGUGGCUGCUGGAUUACUUCUUGCACACCCAAGUAGUCGCUCUGUUCACUCUUGUCGUCCUGUUGUCGUAUUUAAAGUCCUGUGCCAUAAUAAAACCCACGUCUGUGCUGAUUGGACGAGAGCGACCAGGCCGGGGUCACAUGGCAAAUCUACGACGGGCAGUUCCCUGUUCCCAAACGUGGAACGAGCUUCUUGCGGCAUCGGACCCCGUGGGGACGACCAUAGCUCUACUCGGACUGCUGCGGCCAUUGCAUUUGCGCCAUCCCUCUCUGGAGUUUACAGCGUUAAUAAUACAGUGUACCAGAGCCAUACUGUGUUUACCUGCGGCUAUGGCCAGGGGCAGAGCGCACACACGUCACACUGCAGCCCGUUUGACCAGAGCCGCCUGUUCAGCGACAGCUGCUGUCACCCUGGGACCGAACCCCUCACCUCGUCGCCGGACAAACAACACCGGAUGUACCCCUGGAUGCGAGCAUCAGAUCCAAAUCGAAAGCGAGGACGGCAGACCUACUCCCGGCACCAGACGCUGGAGCUGGAGAAGGAGUUCCACUUUAACCGCUACCUGACCCGCAGACGCAGGAUCGAGAUAGCCCAUGCCCUCUGCCUCUCAGAGAGACAGAUCAAAAUCUGGUUUCAGAACCGCAGGAUGAAGUGGAAGAAGGACCACAAGGACGAGCCGAGCAACGAGGAACAGCACUGUGAUAUUCAGGCACCGUCGGAAGGCAGGGAACCCAAAGCUGAAGAGACCCGAAGCGGCCGUGUUGACUUAGGAACAACUGCAAAGUAACAGAAGAGACGGACAGAAGAUCAAAAUAAAGAAACAUAAUGUGUUAAAUAUUGUCUUGGAAUGCAUCGAAUUUCUGACAUAACACUUGGGCACUUUUUUUUAAAGUCUCACUAAUCAUUUGAGAGUAAUCCACAUUUAAACACUACACUGCUUUUCUGGAUUUCAUAUUUAAACCAGCACUAAAAAUGCUUCACGUGACAAAUAAUAACUACCUACCCUAACUAGUCUGUAUUUUUAUAUCCUCCGCAUAUAUCGCAUAGGAGUACUACAAAUAUGGCACAUUUUGGACUACAGAAAACUACUACUGAGUUAACAUUCCUUCAACAAAAACAAAACUACCUAAUAUUUACCUUAUAAUUUUCAAAAAGUGACACGGGAAUGUAAUCAUGAACUGAGCUGGUGAUUUAAUUGAUGGUUUCCUGUUUUCCACCGCGGUCGUAUUUUCUGAAGGGAAGGAAUACAAUUCAUGUGCCUUAUUUUGAAUCGGGUAAAGGCGAAUGUUUUAGUUAACUGCCUUUGAUAAAAUAAUUACUGAGUUUCUUCUUCGCCCCCCCCACCCCCUUAUAAUUAACAUGGAUUUUAAUCCGCCUGCUAGGGGUGAGGAUUUAACUAUAGACGCAAAUAUUUGUUUAGUUUUGCAUGUAACCUACCUCAGAUUCCUCACCCGCUCACUAUACCGUCAGCGAUUGUGCCGUAGGCUACUGUGAAGAUGUAGCUUUACAGAUUAGGCUUAUAAAUACAUGUACCGUUACCCAGCUGGCAAUAUCCAUCAUUUUAUAAUCGGAGAAAUAGUCCAGUACAGUGAGCAAACGCUGCUGGCUUUCAAUAAAAAGUCUGCUAGGCCUGUAAGUAGUCUGUCCUGUAAAUGAAGUGAACGCGCAAUCAUUUAAUAAAAAUGCUUUUACCCUC